GCCGGCCACUAAAAAAAAGGAGCAUAUCAGCGAAGAGACUCAGAGAAGAAAGAAACGUUCGCGGGAUCCUUGACAACAAAAACAAUCCUCAACUCGAUCAUUCAUCACAUCAUGUGGAGAAGAAUCGUAUCCUCUCAUCUCAAAACCCUAGCCGCCGAUAUCGCCGCUGCUUCUCCUCGUCGAUCCAUAGCCACCACCGCGAGACCCGUUCGCUUACAUCUCGCUGCCAAUCCCGCUAAUUCAUCCGUCAUCCCUCGCUGUUUCAGCUCCGAAUCAGUAGAGACAAUAGCGAAGAAGAAGGUGGAGGAUGUAAUGCCCAUUGCAACUGGACACGAGAAGGAGGAGCUUGAAGCUGAACUUGAGGGGAGGAGGCUGCUUGACAUUGACUUCCCUGAAGGUCCUUUUGGAACUAAGGAAGCUCCUGCUAUCGUAAAAUCCUACUAUGACAAGCGAAUUGUGGGAUGCCCCGGUGGCGAAGGCGAGGAUGAACACGACGUUGUCUGGUUCUGGCUCGAGAAGGGAAAGUCCUUUGAAUGCCCGGUUUGCACUCAGUACUUUGAGCUGGAAGUGGUUGGUCCAGGUGGGCCGCCUGAUGGUCACGGUGACGAAGACGAUGAGCACCACCACUGAUUCGAGCCACGAGUUUUGAUUAUUUUUAAAAAACUUUCGAUUGGAAUAAAAGGAUAUAUACGCCUCUGGUGAAACCCAGUUGAGAAUGUUUUUGAUCCUUUGUAGAAACAUCAGUCGGUAUUGGAAGUUGUCAAACUCUCACGACCGUUGUUUAACAUUUGUAAGAAUUCUUGAAUCAGAAUCAUUCUUGCCUUUUGCAUAUUACUACACACUCUUACCUUUUCAUUUUAUGGUUCCUGUCUUUUCAUAUUGUGGACGUUUUGAUCAUGUGCCCUUAUUACUUGUGAAAGGCCA